UUCGUCUUAUCGAAAACUUCUCUCCUUCUAGUACCAGCAAGUAAUGGCUUGGUCCAGAAAAACUUGCCUGCUCUUCAGAAUACCACCAAACCAAUUCCUGCCAGCGUAUUCUCAUACAGGUUUGCUUCUCCGACAAGCAACCAGACUCCAUACUACGUCUCAUCAGACAUAGUGUUGAGUGGAGGCAUUGCCCAGCAGACUAGAAGAAGGAUUGUGCAUAAUGAAGUUGAACGGAGACGGAAGGACAAAAUUAAUAAUUGGAUAUUAAAGCUAGCUGAUGUAGUGCCACAAUGCAGCUGGGGAAAGCAGAGUAAAAACAUUGUUCUUGAAAAGACAGUUGAGUACAUCAACCAAGUCAACACUCAGCUCAAAGAACUGUCUGAUUUACAACAGAGAGAACAAAAGCUUGGUAAGGGAGUGCCACCAUGUGUUCUUUACUAGAUAAACUGGAUUUAUGAAGAUGAUGUAUUAAUGAAAAGUAUGUUCCUUUGCACCAAAUGUCUACAUGUGUGCACUUUAAUUUCAUGACUCCUAAAGGCCUAAACACUACCCAAAGUGAUGAAAAGAAAAAAAGGGAUAGAAGAGCGCAAAAAAGAGAAAAGAGAGUGGAGGAAAAUAAAAAGACUGACAUUGCUUUGAUUGUUUAUGUUGUCUACUUUCAAUGGCAAGAAAGAAGAUACCUGUGUUAGGGUGAAGUUUUAUUGACACGCUUUUCAUAAAUUCAGUCUUUUAUACUACCACAAAUAUUAGUCCCAUGUUUAACUCCUCAACCACAUUGUGUAAAUAGCCAACUGGUCAGCCUCCAACCAGUUGGGAUUCUUA